UAUAUGUUGCUUUAACUGCUGAAGUUCCUACAACUCCUCUUUUAACUGAAGGACAAACCUUAGAAUUGGGACAAACCAAAGAAGUUUGCCAUGAAAUUAAUACUUCAGGUGCUAAACUGAUUAAACAACGAGUCUACAGAGCAUCACCAGACAAUUUAGAGUUCUUGGAAAAAGAAAUUAAAAAAAUAGAAAAAUGUGGAAUUAUUUAA